AGACCCGCGGUUCCCGGGCGGCCCCGGGCGGACGCUGCGUGAGGGCGCGCGAGGAGGCGCGGGGCGGCCCGCACGCGCCCCCGGCCGCCCCCUGCCCGUGAGCGCACCGGCCCAGCGCCGCCCCGGCGCGGGGAGCGCCGGCCGGGCUAGGGCGCGGGCGAUGCCGCGGUGACGGCCCCGCCAUGGCGAAGCCCCCGGCGGCGGCGGCGGCGGCGGCGUCGGAGGAGCUGAGCCAGGUGCCGGACGAGGAGCUGCUGCGCUGGAGCAAGGAGGAGCUGGCGCGGCGGCUGCGGCGCGCAGAGGGCGAGAAGGUGGGCCUCAUGCUGGAGCACGGCGGCCUGAUGCGCGACGUGAACCGGCGGCUGCAGCAGCACCUGCUGGAGAUCCGCGGCCUCAAGGACGUGAACCAGCGGCUGCAGGACGACAACCAGGAGCUACGCGAGCUCUGCUGCUUCCUCGACGACGACCGGCAGAAGGGGCGCAAGCUGGCGCGCGAGUGGCAGCGCUUCGGGCGCCACGCGGCCGGCGCCGUGUGGCACGAGGUGGCCCGCUCGCAGCAGAAACUGCGCGAGCUCGAGGCGCGCCAGGAGGCCCUGCUGCGUGAGAACCUGGAGCUCAAGGAGCUGGUGCUGAUGCUGGACGAGGAGCGCGCAGCGCUGGCGGGGGGUGGGGGCGGCGCGGGCGGCGGCGGCGGCGGCGGCGGCGCGGGCUCCCGCAGCUCCAUCGACAGCCAGGCCAGCCUGAGCGGGCCGCUGGCCGGCGGUGCGGCGGGCGCGGGGGCCCGCGACGUGGGCGACGGCAGCAGCACGUCGAGCGCGGGCAGCGGAGGCAGCCCGGACCACCACCACCACAUCCCGCCCCCGCUGCUGCCCCCCGGGCCGCACAAGGCCUCCGACGGCAAGGCAGUAGCCACGCGCAGAUCCCUGGACGACCUGUCGGCGCCACCGCACCACCGAAGCAUCCCCAACGGCCUGCACGAUCCCUCGUCCACCUACAUCAGGCAGCUGGAGACCAAGGUGAGGCUGCUGGAGGCUGAAAAGCCCCUCGUACAGCAGGCGGGCCCUGGAGAGUUCCGGACGCUGCGGAAAGGCUUCUCCCCAUACCACUCGGAGUCCCAGCUGGCAAGCCUCCCGCCCUCCUACCAGCACUCGCUGCAGAACGGCCCAGCUUGCACGGUACCUGAGCUGUCCUUGCCUCCCUCCGCUGGCUACAGCUCUGCGGGACAGAAGCCCGAGGCUGUUGUGCACGCCAUGAAGGUCCUGGAGGUGCACGAGAACCUGGACCGGCAGCUCCAGGACAGCUGUGAGGAGGACCUGAGUGAGAAGGAGAAGGCCAUCGUCCGUGAGAUGUGCAACGUGGUCUGGCGAAAACUAGGGGAUGCGGCCAGCUCCAAGCCCUCCAUCCGGCAGCACCUGUCUGGGAACCAGUUCAAGGGGCCUUUGUAGGGCUGCUUCUCUGUGGACGUGGACUGGCUCUGCAGGGCGCCCAGGAUGAGUUGCAGGCCCCUGUGUUUGUUUCCUGUGGUGAAUUGUACAUAGGACACUGCCCGCCGUGACCCGGCUCCCGUGGGUCCAGCACGCUGACAGCCGGGCCUCCGUCUCCCUCCUCACGCACCAGCACACGGAAGACGAGAGGCCGCCGGCCGUGCCCCAUGGCAGAGCGGCCCAAACAGCCUCGUCCCUGCGCUUGGGGCCCCGCUGCCGGGAGGCUGAAGGCUGUGUGGGGGCUCAGGGCCUGGCAUCCCAGGCUGGGCCCGGCCUUGGCCGAGGGGCACCUCAUCAAGCCUUCUACCCGCUGGCUGCUGCCCACACUGGACAGAGGCCACCGGCAGCUGGACCUGACACAAGGGGCACCCCUUCUCACCCAUCUGCGGCCUGAACCCCAGCUCACUGAGCCCGCGUCUGAGUCGUGGACAGGGAAGCUCAUGGCGUCUGUGGCUGGCUGGAGGCCCUGAGGCCCUUCCUCUGGCACCCCUGCCGCCCCGCCCCGUGCCCAGCUCCCUGCUGCUUGGUUUCAGGGUGCUUCCCCCAGCCCCGAACACAUCACUCGCUGCAGAGUCUCCCCUCCCACCCCGGGGCAGGUCAUGCCCUAGCUUUUUGGGUCCCUCCUGCCCAGGACCCGAGGCCUCUCCAUCUCAUGGUUUCACAUGAUGGGCCAGGGAGCUAGGAGGCUGUGUGGAGAGUCUCUGGGCCAAGCCCCACGCUCUCUCUCCAGAUGGGCAGCACCGGGCCGAGCUGGGCCUCUGGUGUCCCCCAGAGCCCAGCCCCAGCUGGGGUCACUGUGGACGGAGCUGCACGGGCUGGCCGGUGGGGGACUUCUGCCCUCUCUGGAAGGAGCCCGACCUGGCUCUGGCUUUAACUGGCUGUGUGACCUUCAGCAAGUCACUCAGCUUCUCCAGGCCCCUGGUGGGAAGACGAGGUCUCAGGUUCUUUGGGCCGUGCUCACCACCCGAGGCCACCAGCUGGGUUCAGCCCGGGCCUCCGUCGCGGCCCGCACGCCCGGGUGCUCCCCCCUGCUGCAGAAGUCACUGCUGGCUGGGCCGGACAGAGCCAGGGACCGAGCGGGGUCCACUGCCUUGCUGCCUCUUCACAGGUGCUGCCACCUCCCCUCUCUGAGCCUCAGUGUCCUCCACUGAGAAGGGACAGCCUCAGGCCCUCUUCGUGGGGCUCGGGAUCAAAUGAGACCUUCCGUGUAAAUGACCAUAUACAAACUACAGAUGAGAUAGAGAAAUGUUGAAAUUGCUGAGGAAGGUGAGGCCCAGAGGGUGGGUGGUCGGGGCACAUUACAGACGAGCUCACGGAUGCUGGGAAGUCGGGGCGGCCACUGGCCGUGAUGGCUGCUCGCUCCCGCCACCUCCGCUGGCUGGUGGGGCUUGGCUCCAUGCCUCAAGCACUCGAAGAGCCCAGGAGGCCACUUUUGCAGCGGGCAGGCCUCACCCAGGCCCGCACGAGGGACGGGGGCCAGGCGAGGGGAUGGGGGAGGCCACCCUGUUCCUAGAGCCCCAGGGGGGACUUUGUGCCAUUCCCACCGCCUGUUGGUCAUCGGCGCCCGUGGGUGAGUCGUACACUCUCAGGGGAAAGGCUUAUAGCCCUCCUUGUGCCCAGGGAAUGCUAAGUGGGUGCUGGUGGCAGCAACAGGCAUGUUCCUCUUGCCCUGGGUGUUACAGGGACCUCUGGGCUCUCCCUGAAGGGAGCUUGCCAGCAGGUCAGGUGGUGAGCUCCCUCUCACUAGGGGUGUGCAUCGAAAGCUAGGGAACAUCCUUGGUCAUGGUACCAAGUAGUUCUUGCCCUAGUGGGCAGUGAGCUGGGGGACAGAGGCUCCCCUCUGGAUCUUGGGAGUCCAAAGAACCACAGAGCAGCCCGAGGUGCAGGGGUGGGUCCAUUUUGGGUGGAAGCCACAUCUGGGAGCCCAUUUGUCAUGUCUGGAUCAGGCCGGCCUGGCCACCACUGAACAUAAGCAAUAAAUCAGGGCCCUGGUAUCUGCAGAUCUCCUGCACACUGGCCCAGAGAAGAACAGCUUCGAAGGGACCGUCCCUGCCUCGGGAAGGUGACCCUGUCCGUCAUGCUGUGGGGUACCUGGGGGUCAGGUGGGGCGUUUCUGCCUGGAUCCUCCUGUGCGCCACACAGGCAGCAGAGCCAGGCGCAGACCUCUCCUUCCCACCGCUGCUCGUGUUCCUGAGCCAAGUGCGUGGGGAUGGCUUUCAAGGACAGAACUGCACCCGUGACAGUCAUCUA